AUGCCGAAAAAGAUGGGUGUCAAUUCUAAGGCCGAGGUCGCAAGGGCUCGCAAAAGCGCCGUUGAAACGGAGAAAAAGGAACGGGAGACUCGAGAGAAGGAGGAGCAAUACUGGCGAGAGGCUGAGAGUUCAAAGCCACGCGCCGCCAAGAAGAGAGAAGAAGAGGCUGAUAAGAAGGCCGAGGCGGCGGCCAAGCGAGCGGAGGUGCGUCGAUUGGCGGAACUGGAGGAGAAAGAGCUAGAGAAGAUGAUUAAAAAACCGGAAAAGAAGGCUAACAGAGUGUCGAUCCCAGUUCCGAAGGUGACGGAGGCGGAGCUGAGGAAGCGGCGCGAGGAGGAGCAGGCUCUGGCGCAGAAGAAGGCGGCGGAAGCGAAUAAGCGCUCGGCCGCGGAGGAAGAGUACGAGAGAGUGGUGCUUGUUUCGAACACGAAUCGCGAUGAUUCGAUAAUCGAAGCUAGUACUCUUGACGAAGCCAUCGCUCAGAUGAGCAUCGAUAACAACUUACCCCUGGACAGGCAUCCCGAGAAACGCCUCAAGGCUUCCUUCAAGGCAUUUGAAGAGGCAGAACUUCCGAUAUUGAAGCAAGAGAAACCAGGACUUACUUACACACAAUACAAGGAUAUGAUUUGGAAGCUUUGGAAGAAAUCUCCUGAUAAUCCUCUUAAUCAAAAUGUUGAUUGA